AACCUUAUGGAUUUCCAACGGGAGGACCUGAGUCUCCCUGGAGUGUGGGUCUCCCUGUUCUUUGGAUUCCUGGGGCUGUGUUCUGUGGUAACCGGAGGCUGCAUUCUCUUUCUGCACUGGAGGAAGAACUUGCGGCGGGAAGAGCGGGCCCAGGAGUGGGUGGAGGCAAUGAGAGCUGCCACGUUCACUUACAGCCCCUUGUUGUACUGGAUUAACAAGCGACGGCAUUAUGGUAUGAACGCAGCCAUCAACACGGGCCCUCCCCCUGCUGUCAUCAAGACCGAGCCUGAGGUCCAGAAUCCCGAUCCGGUGUGGGAGUUGGACAUACCCGAGGGCAGGAGUCAUGCCACCCGAGACAGCAAUCCAGAGAUGGAGGCCCCUGCCCCUCUGCAACCUGCAGUCCAGCUGGUACAGCAGCAGCCCCAACCUACCCCCAUACUGCGGCCCCAGGCCAGCUCCCCACUCCCAGUUCCCAUCUUUCAGGAGGUGUCCUUUGCCUUAUCCCUAUGCAACCUGCCCCCUAUGCUGAACCACUCUGUUUCUUACCCCAUGGCCACCUGUCCUGAGAGGAACAUCCACUUUCAUUCCCUCCCCACAAUGGCUCAUGGUGACCAUUGUUUCAAUGCCAAGCCUUUUGCUUCAGAAUUGUAA